AUGUGCACACAUGGCCCAUAUGAAGAACAGGAAAUAGAAAAGCGUUUCAAUGAGUUGAGGAAGUACGUCUGGCGCCGUAUUGACCCAGCACGUCGUCUUGGGGUCCUGCGUGGUCGUGCGCCUGGCUUUGGACGCCGUGCUGGCUAUGCAGUCGUGGUUACGGUGCACCAAGCGCUGGUUCCCCACAGACAAUUCGCCAUUAAUCCAGCCGUUUAG